AUGGCACGAGGGAGUAGACGUGGGCGUAAUAGGAGGCCGACUCGUUUUGCCGAUGGCUCCGCUGCUUGGACGCCCUCCAAACAACAAGAAGAUGUUCCACCCUCACCGGCCAGAAGUGUGCACCCGCAGGAACACCCCGUCAACCCUGUUGGUAGUGCUCUGGAAACGGGAACCCCGGAAACUCCAAGGACAGGAACCUCGGGUGAGCCUAGGAUUCAACCGAAUGAACCACUAAGUGCUUCUCAGAUGAUGGAAGCAAUGAUGCAACAACAAGCUACUUCCCGUUCAGAUAUGAUGAGAAUGAUGGAGAUGCAACAACGCUUCAUGGAACAGCAGCAACAAUUUAUGCAGCAACAGUUACAACAUCAGCGGCAGCAGAUGACUCCUCAGUAUUUACAGGGGGCUACAAGUCGGCAAGAGCAUCAUGUUAGUUUGGCAGAAUUCAAAAAGUUUGCACCUUCAGCUUUUAAAGGCACUUCUGACCCUUUAGAGUCUGAGACUUGGCUGAAUGAAAUGGAAAAGAUUUUCAAUGCUCUGAGAUGCCCUGAUGAGGAUAGGGUUACUUUUGCUACAUUUAUGCUGCUGGGAGAAGCGGAUAUUUGGUGGAAUGUGGAAAGAGGAAAGAUGGGACAGAACACUACAUCUUUGACUUGGGAAGGAUUUAAGGAGCUUUUCCGUGACAAGUAUAUUCCCCAAAGCGUGAGACGGCAGAAAUUUCGAGAGUUUACCCGGUUAGAGCAAGGGAAUAUGACGGUCGCAGAGUAUGCUGCAAAGUUUGAGGAACUGGCCAGGUAUGCCCCAGGACAGGUGGAGAAUGAAAGAGAACGAGCCGAGAAGUUUGAAAGUGGACUCAGAGCCCGAAUCAGACAACAGGUGUCUACCUUCGAGCUUUCUUCCUACAAGGAUGUGGUUAACAAGGCUUUGGUAGUUGAAAGGGGUUUGAAUGACACUCAAGAAGAGAGGGAAAGAAUUUUGAAAAAGAGAAACAGACAAGCUGAGUUACAAAAUAAGCAUGGCAAAAAUACUGAAUUCAGGCCCAAGAAACAAACUACUGGGAAUGAUAAGACUCAGCGCAAGGAUACUGUGAAAUGCUAUAGAUGUGGCGGACCCCACUAUCAGAGCGAGUGCAACUGGUUUAAUGGGAAUUGUUUUUCAUGUGGCCAACAGGGCCAUAGGGCAGACACUUGUCCUAAUCGCGGAGAGCAACAAACUCGACAGGCAUCUCAGCCUAUUCAGGGAGCUCCAACCAACCAAGCAACUCAGAAUGAACAACAACAAGGAGGACAGCAGAGUCCUAGAACUCAGGGGCGAGUCUAUGCUCUUACACAACACGAUGCUGACGCCUCUAACACCGUGGUGACAGGUACAAUUGAAAUCUCAUCCACGAAUGCCUAUAUUUUGAUUGAUCCUGGAGCUACUCAUUCUUUUGUAUCUGCUGAUUUUGUUGGAAGAAAUAGUACAUUGAUUUCUUUGCCACUAGAGACUGAACUGUGUGUCUCCAUCCCUAAUGGAGAUGUAAUCUUAGUUAACUCUGUCUGCAAAGACUGUAUCUUGAAUAUUGAAGGCAGGAAAAUGAAAGUAGAUUUACUAGUCCUAGUGAUGAAGAAUUUCGACAUGAUCCUUGGGAUGGACUGGUUGGCAGCAUAUCAUGCCACUGUUGACUGCUUCAAGAAAACAGUAAAAUUUCAAAUUUCUGGUCAGCCAGAGUUUACUUUUAGUGGCAACAGAGUGUUACCUCCGCCAAAAGUAAUCUCAGCCAUACAGGCCAAGCGACUCCUUCGGAAAGGUGAUGAAGGAUUCUUAGCCAUGGUAGUGGGCACCCAGCUGGAAGAACUCAAACUAGAAGACAUUCCUAUUGUGAGGGAAUUUCCAGAUGCCUUUCCAGAGGAUUUGCCAGGAUUACCUCCUGAUAGAGAGGUUGAAUUCUCCAUUGAUUUGAUUCCUGGCACUGGACCAAUUUCUAAGGCCCCAUACCGAAUGGCUCCAGCUGAAUUAAAAGUGCUAAAGGAACAACUACAGGAGCUGUUGGACAAAGGUUUCGUCAGGCCUAGUGUUUCUCCUUGGGGUGCUCCUGUACUAUUUGUGAAAAAGAAAGAUGGCAGUUUUCGGCUUUGCAUAGAUUAUCGAGAAAUAAAUGGAGUAACAGUGCGGAAUAAAUACCCUUUACCGAGAAUUGAUGAUUUGUUCGAUCAGCUGCAAGGGGCACAAAUCUUCUCAAAACUUGAUCUACGCUCCGGAUAUCACCAGUUGAGGAUAAAGGCUGAAGACAUACCAAAGACAGCAUUCAGAACUAGAUAUGGACACUAUGAGUUUUUGGUGAUGCCCUUCGGGUUAACAAAUGCACCAGCAGUCUUUAUGGAUCUUAUGAAUCGGGUGUUCAAAUCCUACCUGGAUCAAUUUGUGGUAGUAUUUAUUGAUGACAUUCUAGUCUAUUCAAAAAGUCCACAAGAGCAUGAGGAGCAUUUGAGGAUAGUGUUACAAACUCUUAGAGAAAACAAGCUUUAUGGCAAGCUGCAGAAAUGUGAGUUCUGGUUAAACAGUAUCACCUUUCUCGGGCACGUGAUCUCCAAGGAUGGCAUCUCUGUCGACCCAAAGAAAGUAGAGGCAGUAGUUGAUUGGAGUAAACCUACUAAUGUGUCCGAGGUGCGCAGCUUUUUGGGAAUGGCGGGAUACUAUCGGAGAUUCGUUGAGGGAUUCUCUCGUAUUGCCAUGCCUCUAUCUCGUCUAACCCAAAAGCAAGUAAAAUUGAAUGGAAGGAGGAUUGUGAGCAGAGUUUUCAGGAGUUGA